AUGACAGAAAAGACGCUGGUCAGUUCAGAGUGCGAUACAACGAGCACCAACAAGGAGACUAUACAAGAUGCUGUCGAGGGCCAGAGGGCUAAUGGCGCAGGAGACCUUGAAGGAGGGGCACUACACCGAUACAUCAAUACCCCCUCUUCGGUAAACUUUAAUUUCCUCAUGCAAUGUUCAUGGGAAGCAUCUGCAGUUACUUUCCAAUUCGCGUUGAGCAAUGGCGGUCCAGCCUCCAUCGUCUAUGGCAGCAUCUUCGCAUGGGCUGGAACAACAUUAGUGGCACUGUCGCUCGCUGAAAUGUCAUCCAUGGAUCCUACGGUCGGCGCUCAGUAUAGGUGGUCUACUACUUUUGCACCGAAGUGGAACCGCUUCUUCGGUUUGAUGCAAGGGUGGAUUACGGUUUUCGCCUGGGUCUGUAGCUGUGCUUCUAAUCCAGCGUUGAUAGCGAACAUUGUCGUCGGUUUGGCUUCCUUUAACAACCAGGGAUACGUCUCCCAGCGAUGGCAUACUACACUUAUCAUGUGCGCUGCGACAGCCAUUCCUUUCAUUGGCAACCUCUGGCUACCCAAGUUUAUCAACAUACUUGAAACAAUCGGAGCGAUAUGCCAUGUUGGAUUUUUUCUUGCGGGUGUCAUUACAUUAUUAGUCAUGGCACAGAAAAGCUCUACAGAAUACGUCUUCCAAACAUUGACCAAGGACGUCAGCGGAUGGGACAACUCGGCAGUAGCCUGGGGUAUAGGACUCAUCACUGUUACUUACCCUCUAUGUGGUUUCGAUAGUAUCAUUCACAUGUCUGAUGAAGUCAAACAAGCACGUACCCGGGUUCCACGGUCUAUCAUCUUCUCCGUCGUGGUUAACGGCCUCAUGCAACUCAUUUAUAUGAUCACUGUCUUGUUCACCAUUGGUGACGCAAAACGUGUCUCCGCUUCACCUCUGCCGAUCAUCGAGGUCUACUACCAAGCCACUGGAUCUAAAGCAGCUACGAACGUGUUCAUCUUUAUGCUAAUAUAUAUCAUCUUUGUAUCCUUUUUCAACGUCUUCGCUUCAGUCUCACGUCUCAUCUGGGCUUUCUCAAGAGACGGGGGAUUACCAUGUUCGUCUGCAUUCGCAAAGGUUCAUCCGACCUUUGGAGUGCCGGUCAACGCGCUAUAUCUCAGUGCUCUUUGUGUUUGCAUACUCGCUCUGAUCAACGUUGGUUCGAGCACGGCGUUCAACGCUAUCAUCUCUCUCACAGCAUUGGGCUUGUACCUUUCGUACUUCCUUCCUAUCUUGUUCCUUUCGUGGCAUCGAAUGUCGAGGACGGCACCAUCGCCAAUUCCAUGGGGACCAUUUAGAUUGGGCAUUGCGGGACCAUAUAUCAACAUUGGUGCCUUGUGCUACAUUCUAUUCACCUUCAUUUGGAUGCCGCUCCCGACUGUCCUUCCUCUGGACAGGUUCAAUAUGAACUAUGCCGGACCGAUUCUUGGUGCGAUUAUCCUAGGCGCUGCGCUAGACUGGUCUUGGAAUGGGAAAAGGAGAUUUAGAGUGCCAGUCGCAAGCCAGAGUCUUGAGUGA